AUGGCAUGGAUAGCUGAUUUGGAGGAAGUCCUUGACCUCCUUGGACUUCGGCGAAAUCGGUGCCCUAAGUGUAUUGCUGGCUACGAGGACCUUGGUGGCAACCAGGUUGGGGCCAACCCAACCCCAACCCGAACAGGUGAGGACAUUCUGAAAGCACUACGCAAACUUCGAACAAGGUUCCCCAAGGCCACAACCUGGCAGUUUUCUGUGAAAGGGAGAGAUCUCGGACUGCUCGGGGUGGAGAAUCUAUGCUGGGAAGGGCUUUCAGUGGACAUCUGCCGAGUUGUGUGUCUUGACUUACUCCAUGGGUUGCACAAAUAUAUCAGUGAUCACCCGAAAGCAUGGAUCACCAAAACGAUUGGAGUAGCCGAACUUGAUGCAUGCUUCAUUGCCCAACCUUACCGGAGAGGACAGCGCACAUUCCAUAACGGCAUAUCUAAGAUCUCACAGUGGUCUGGCCGUGAAAACCGAGAUUUUCAGCGUCACCUAGCCGUCACUGUUGCAGGAGCUUACGAGAAGGGGACAGGGAAAGAAUCCCCACGUAUGAUGCAGGCAACUCGCUCCCUGCUUGAUUUCUCUUACAAGGCACAGUUUCCGGUCCAUUCAGACAUCACUUUGGAGUCAAUGAUCCAUGAUCUGAAGGUUUACUAUUCAAGUGUUAGGGUGUUCAUCGAGAAUGGUGCCCGCUGUAAUGGGAAGGGCGUACCGAUUAGCCAUUUCCGAAUCCCCAAGCACCACAACCUCUGUCACUUCAUGGAUGAUAUUCGCGAUCACGGAACACUGGACAACGGUUCAUCAGAGAUAACUGAGGCAUUGCAUAUCCCCACUUGCAAAGUCACUUACCAUGCGACAAAUCGAAGAGGAUUCACCACCCAAAUUCUCGAUCAGCUUCAACGUAUUGAUUCC